AGAUGAUCGAAUCGUCGAUAAACAAAAGAAAAUUACUGCUUGUCUCGCCUUGAUGGGUAGCUCCAUAGUUGAUGUUAUCAACAAUAGCAAGGCGGAUAAAGGAACUUCGAUAUUGCCACCAGCGCAAAUUGCCUUAGUUAAAAAGCUCAGUGAAGCAGCACGGUUGUUGGCAGAUCUGCAGAGAGAUGAAACCCUGACUCGCAGAAGUCUAAUUCUUGCUACGAUUAAUAGCUCACAGAAGGAAGUAUUGGAAUCAUCAACAGCUGAUGAAUGGCUUUUUGGCCAAAAAUUGGAUGAGCGUCUUAAGGCGGCAAAGACAAUCGAACGAUCGGGAAAGGACCUGAAAGCAAAACCUAAAAUCUCUAAGAAGCCAAAAAACUUCAAGACUCCGCCUCGUCGUCAGCCUUUCAAGCCCAGGACGUCGGGCGGGUUCCGGAACAAAUUUUACAAUCAAAAUCAGUCCAACAAGAAGAACUGGGGAACUCAGAACACGGGAGACCACAAUCCCCAAUCACAAACCCCAGCGCAACAGAAAAAAGCUUAGCUUUAAGGGAUGGAGCCACAUCCGCUUUGGAAGUCUCUUACCCUGGUGGCCGGGAAGUUAUCAGGGAAGCCUUCCUGUUAAGAGGCGUUCCAAAGGAAUCCAUAACAAUUACUAUGGCUUCCUUAAGCGAAUCUACCUUUAAGCAAUAUAACUGCGCAUUGAAAAAAUGGUGGAUAUUUUGUAAAGAUAAGAGUUUAUCCUUUUACGAUGCUGAAGUAGCAGACAUCGUUAAGUUUUUAACUAUAGAAUUUGACAACGGGGCAUCUUACGGAUCCCUUAACGGCAUGCGAUCUGCUAUUUCUCUUAUCUUGGGCUCAGAAGUAGGACAAAAUGAGGUUAUUAAACGGUUUUUCAAAGGAUUGUCAAAAUUAAGACCUCCGAAGCCUAAAUAUGAUUCUACGUGGGAUCCAAGUUUAGUUCUUGAUUAUUUCAGAGACUUACGAAACGAGGACUUAGCCUUAGAUAAGUUAAGUAAAAAAUUAGUAUCGUUAUUAGCGUUAGUAACUGGGCAAAGAAUUCAAACUUUGUCAUCAAUUGAUGUAAGAAAUAUAGUUACCAAAGAGAACUUGAUAGAAAUUAAGAUUCCGGAGAGAAUAAAAACCUCUAAACCCGGAAAAUAUCAACCGGUGUUAACUUUGCCUUGUUACAAGGAAAAUUUGAACAUUUGCCCAGUUAAUACGCUACAAUGUUAUCUCAAAAGGACAAAAGAGCUUAGAAAAGAUAUAACGAGUUUAUUUAUUUCAUUUAAAAAACCGUUUAAGAAAGCAUCAACCCAGACGCUUAGCCGAUGGGUAAAAGAUGUUUUACAGGAAAGUGGCAUAGACACAGAUAUUUUCUCAGCGCAUAGUACUAGACAUGCGUCUACGUCCGCGGCGAAACGCAAAGGUAUUAACAUUGAUGUAAUAAGAAAAUCAGCGGGUUGGACAGAAAGAUCAGCCACUUUCACAAAAUUCUAUGAUAGACCCAUCGUUCAGGACUUAAGAGUAUUUGGGCAAGCGAUAUUAGAUAAGUAAGAAAAAGUUAAAUAAAACUGUUUGAUAUUCCUUAUUA